GCAUAGAAAAUUUAGUCUCAGACGAGAACUCGACGUUACAUAUUGAAUAACGCGGCAACAUUCGCCACUCUGGCUUUGUACGCUGUGAAAUCAUACAUCAAAGUUUAAUUAAUUAGAAAUAUAAAACUUUUAAAGUAAUUUUAUCACAAAAAAAAUCAAUAAUUGCGUGUUAGUUGUGCUUAGAUAACCACGGUAAAAAAACAAACAUAAACCAACAAAAUGGCGACACAAAUGAUUCCGAUGACAAAUGAACAACUACAGCAACUCAUCCAAGCUGUACGCGAAGCUGCGGUAGCCGAAGCGAAAGCAGCUGCCGCCUCCACAAUGACCGUUAAGUCCAAAGGCAGUUUCAGCAAUUGUCAAUCACGUUUCGGUGGACAACGUGAUCAUGAAGCUGUCGAGGAGUUCAUCACAUCGAUUGAAACAUACAAAGACAUCGAAAGUAUAACCGAUGAAGAGGCACUGAAGGGUAUCUCAUUGCUGUUCUAUGGCAUUGCUUCUACUUGGUGGCAAGGUGUACGUAAAGAAGCCAAACAAUGGCAUGAUGCGUUGGCACUUAUACGCGAUCAUUUCUCGCCCACCAAACCCGCAUAUCAAAUUUAUUUAGAAAUCUUUGAGAAGAAACAAGAUGAUAGCACUGCCAUUGAUACCUUCGUAUGUCACAAACGCGCCUUAUUAGCACAAUUGCCCACAGAUCGUCACGAUGAAGACACUGAGCUCGAUUUGAUUUACGGUCUACUCAAUAUAAAAUACCGUAAACACAUUGCACGUCACGAUGUAAAGACAUUCCGUGAGUUACUCGAACAAGGGCGUAUUAUCGAGCAUAAUAACUUAGAAGACGAAACAACAAACAGUGGUCCAGCACGUGGUGCAAAGGGUACAAAACGUUGCACAUAUUGUAAUUAUCGUGGUCAUACCACUGAAGAAUGUCGCAAGCGUAAAGAUGCUGGCGACAAAUAAUUGCACAACAACAACACAACGCAAAAAAUAACAUGAUGUCAUCCAACAGAUAAGCAGACUUCCAAAAAAGAACAACUUACGAUGACGUCAUGUAUAAAAGCUUUUGACACUGGAAGUGAGUAAAAAAACAACGCCAACAUAAAAAUGCAGACCGGUUGGGUAUACAGCAGAACGUAUGAAAUUUUUACGAUUUCAGAAAAGUCAAUACCAGAACCAGUUCCAGUUCCAGUCUACUCAAUCAUCUGUAAUUAAGUUAUAUUAUUAUAUAUAUUUGGCUGUAGUGUACAAAAGUAUUAAUUAAUAAUUUCUCUAGGAAUUCUCUCUAGAAUAACUAAGUGGUUUCUUAAAAUGUGGCUUCUAAACCAUUGUGGACUUAGAUAGACCAGACUUCGGCUUCACGGUGUUACUGUGUUGUUGUUAGUUUUCUAAGCACAUUAUGGCUAUGUAAUUGCUGGUAUUGAUGGUCUUGAUUGUUAUUUACGAAACUAAUAUUUGAGUCAAGUUCUUUAUUAGCGGUUGAAGUCACAUUUUGGGUUCACCAACACACGCCGAUUUGGCUGCGUACGCCAGCUGCGGCUCGCAGGCUAUGAUCGCCAGCAACCUCUUAUCCAAAUCCGUUACCAGGAUUUAAUAAAUGCUUGCUUCGCAUUUAUAACCAAUGAACCAAACAAUGUACUACUCGAGCACUUUUUCGGCUGAAAUCGACUGCAGUUUUUUGCUUUGUGUACAAUCUAUACAAGAUUUGGUAGUGCUCUCUUAGAAGUGUAUAUGUUACGGUUGCAGUUGGUGAAGAAAUUUGCUAAACACAUGUCUUACGUCGUCGAUCCCGCGGGGUUGGCGGUUUUUUACGUGUGACACAAGCAAGUUUUAACAUCAACGGACUGCAACAUUGCCUUUUUUAGGGAGUGUUACUAUCUUUUUUAUGACUGAACUGAUUGCAAAUUGCUGUUGAGAAGGAAUACGUUAAGGUAGCUCAAAACCCCCGUCGCUUGGUAUUUAGUGUACUUUUAAAAAAAAUUUUUUGUCAUGCCGAUGAGUAGCAAUACAAACUGGCAUCUAUGAAAAAUCGCACAACUUUUUUUUCAACUGUGCUUUAUCUAUUAAGUGACAAAAAACCGAGGGAAACCUCACCCCGCCGUAUUUGCAUGUUGCACUAUAGUUACUAAUUAUGACGGUUAUGUCACUGAGUAGCAAUACUUGGUGACGUUACUGUUGUUCUUUUUAUCUUCGUGCCGUGUGCAAAUUGGCAAAACCUUGUUAUUAACCGAAGUGCCUUUAAUUUCUUGUGUUCUAUAAGAGCUUAAUGGAGUUCUAUAGAUUUUUUGUAGUAAUGAAUUUCAAAUGGCCAAUUACAACUUAAACUACUUCGGUAGUUUUUGUGAGUGUUGGCUAAUUUGUUAUUCGGCGCUGCUCUGGGUUUAUAGUUCUUCUUAUUAAGUACAUAAAGAUCUCGCAAUAUUUUGUAGGUAAUUGGGGGUAUGACGAAAAAUUGAAAAAUGAAAAAUUUCAAAUUUAAAAUGAAUUACUCGAUUUGUAUUAAUCGAUUUUUUUGCAAUUAAUUGUACAACGAUGGCUGCGGACGCCAUUCGUGCAAAUGGUUCGCCAUUACUUCAACAAUUUUAAUUGUUAAACUCUUACAAUUUUGUCGCUAAAGGCACGCCAACCAAUCCCCUGGUUCUUAAUUCGUCAAAGGUAUCUCUGUCACAUUCUAAAGAAUGACUUUUCAGCCUAUGACUUUUUUGCAUCCAACGCUUUUUGAUUAUAUAUUCUUAUACAAUAUUUCCAAAUACUUCACAUUGUCCACUCUAUUCCAUUAGCUUUAUAUUCAUUAUAUAAAGAAAAGUAUUAUUUAAAAACUUUUGAAAUAUUUAUAAGAUGUUAACUCAGAGAGCAUCACACUAAUGUAUCUAAUAACAAUGUUUGUAAUUUUUUUUCAUUUAAAGAAAUUGUAAAUAUAUGAAUCAAAAAUAAGACUUGUCCAUAGUUUUAAGGGUUUAGAUAUAAGC